UACCUGGAAACGCAAUCUAAAUUUAAUUAUUACAUCAUGUUACAAUAAAAUUUGAAACAGAAAGUUUUAUGUUAUUGUAUGUUGACAUUGCAUAAUAUUGUAUGACACUUACAUUUGUUUAAUUAAUUUUUAAAUUUCUAUUUUAAUAGGGUAUUAUAGAUUUGGUAAAUCAAAAAUUUCUUAGACAUUUGUGCUACGUCCAACUGUCAAUAACCUAACAAAAUAACCUACAUUUGAGACAAUAAUAAUUUUAAUGUGUUCAAUGAUUUUUUGUGGUUUUAAACCAUUCUUUUUAAAUACGGGAAAUGUUAAUUUGAUUAGAACUAGAUUAUAUUCGAGUAGUCCUGGAAAAAUUUCAAAAAAAAUUGGUUUUAUUGGUGAUGGCAGUAUGGCAAAAGCCAUUUGUAAAAGUAUUCAAGGAAGAGGCUUAAUAGACUAUUCUCAAACAUAUGUGUCAAGUCCCUAUAUUAAAAAUUUGGAUUCUUGGAAGAAACUGGGAUCAAACGUGACUACGGACAACGCGGUUGUUGCGAGUGAGGCAGAUCUGAUUAUUCUUGCUGUAAAGCCGCACAUGCUUAAAGAAGCGAUUGAUACCAUGUCGAAAAGUUCAUUACAAAGUAAAAUAAAAAAUAAAUUGUUCAUGUCUAUUUUAGCCGGGUUGACAACAAAACAUCUUGAAUAUAUGCUAUGUAGAUUUGAAGGUUCUCGAGUGGUUAGAGUAAUGCCAAACACCCCAAUGCUUGUAGGUGAAGGGUGUACGGUAUAUUGCGCCGGCUCAACUGCCACAGAAGACGAUUUAACUUUGGUGCAUAAAAUUUUAGAAGUAACCGGAGUAUGCGAAAAAGUGCCGGAACGAAUGAUAAAUGCAAUCGGUGCUGUAUCCUCCAGUGGACCAGCCUUUGUAUAUUUAUUUAUUGAGGCAUUAUCAGAUGGUGGAGUAAAAAUGGGUUUACACAGGAAAAUGGCAACAGAAUUUGCUGCUCAAACUGUCAUGGGAUCUGCAAAGAUGGUACUGGAAACUCAGAAGCAUAUGGGCACAUUAAAAGAUGAAGUUUGUUCUGCUGGUGGUCAAACUAUAGCCGGGAUCCAUGCUCUGGAGAGAGGAGGUGUAAGGGGUGCCGUGAUGGACGCUGUUGAAGCCACUGCACUUAGGGCGUUUGAGUUAGGAGAAGAAAAUAAAUAACUAGCAGGCGAAGUUCUUCAUGUAUUAUUUAUAUUAUUAAGAACAAAUUUCUGUUUUCAUUAUCUGCUCUUUAAAAUUAGAAAAUAAAAAAAUGAUAAUCAGUAUUUAUAGUCAUUAACAUGUAUUUUAGAGGAAUAAAAUAUUUUUUUUGUG